UUAAGCCGCGCGGCAGGGCCACGUGAUGCUCCGGGGAUGCCGUUUUUCUGAAGAUCAGGACGGAUUAGGUCGGAAUAGCAGGACGAGAAUUUCUUCGGGCUGCGCUUGCCCCCGCCAGCCACCCCCGGCCCCGCGACGGCCGCUCGCCCCGGUCCCCGCGGGGAUGCGCGGCGGCCGGGCCAGGACCCCCGGCGGUGCAUGAGGCUGGUGCUUGCCGGAGAGCGACCGAGCGCCCGCGCCAACGCCCGAGGCAGGAGCGGGAGCCAUGUCGGGUUCCUACGACGAGUCCGCGGCGGCCACGGAGGAAAUAACUGACAGCUUCUGGGAGGUGGGGAACUACAAGCGCACGGUGAAGCGGAUCGAUGAUGGGCACCGGCUCUGCAAUGACCUCAUGAACUGCGUGCACGAGAGGGCCAAGAUCGAGAAGUCCUACGCCCAGCAGCUCACCGACUGGUCCAAGAGGUGGAGGCAGCUCAUUGAGAAAGGCCCCCAGUAUGGCAGCAUGGAGAAGGCGUGGGGUGCCAUCAUGACGGAGGCAGACAAGGUGAGCGAGCUGCACCAGGAGGUGAAGAACAGCCUGCUGAAUGACGACUUUGAGAAGGUCAAGAACUGGCAGAAGGACGCUUACCACAAGCAGAUCAUGGGGGGCUUCAAGGAGGCCAAGGAGGCAGAGGAUGGCUUCCGGAAAGCGCAGAAACCCUGGGCCAAGAAGCUCAAGGAGCUGGAGACAGCCAAGAAAGCCUACCACCUGGCCUGCAAGGAGGAGAAGCUGGCGAUGACCCGGGAAGCCAACAGCAAGGCAGAGCAGUCCAACACCCCUGAGCAGCAGAAGAAACUCCAGGACAAAGUGGAAAAGUGCAAGCAAGACGUGCAAAAGACUCAGGAGAAGUACGAGAAGGUUUUGGACGAGCUGAACAAGUGCACCCCGCAGUACAUGGAGAGCAUGGAGCAGGUCUUUGAGCAGUGCCAGCAGUUUGAGGAGAAGAGGCUCAACUUCCUCAAGGAAGUGCUCCUGGACAUCAAGAGGCACCUGAACCUGGCAGAGAGCAGCAGCUACGCCAGCGUCUACCGGGAGCUGGAGCAGACCAUCCGCCUCUCGGAUGCGCAGGAGGAUCUCCGGUGGUUCCGCAGCACCAGUGGCCCAGGGAUGCCCAUGAACUGGCCCCAGUUCGAGGAGUGGAACCCCGACCUGACGCACACGAUAACAAGAAAAGAGAAGCUGAAGAAGAGCGAGGGGGUGACCCUGACCAACGCCAGCAGCGGGGGCGAGACGGGGGCGCAGGGAGGGGAGCGCGGGAGCGUGAGCAGCCACGACCGUGGCCAGACCUACAGCGCAGAGUGGUCCGACGACGAAGGCAGCAACUCCUUCAAUACCAGCGAGGCCAACGGUGGCACCAACCCCUUCGACGAGGAGUCAUCGGGGAAGGGUGUGCGGGUGCGGGCUCUGUACGACUACGAUGGGCAGGAGCAGGACGAGCUCAGCUUCAAAGCAGGUGAUGAACUAACCAAACUAGGUGAAGAAGAUGAGCAAGGAUGGUGCAAAGGGCGCUUGGACAACGGGCAGCUAGGUCUCUACCCAGCCAACUACGUGGAGGCUAUCUAAGUCUUGUGGUGUUCUCCUCGUUGCCGUCAGCAGAUAAAUCCACCCUCCGUUGUCUCCAUCUCUCCACCAGCCAACCAGCCAUUUCGCCGUCUGGUCGUUCACUCCUCACAGUUAGAGAUUCAAACAUAUUUUCCGACCAAGCUUUUAUUUUUUUAAGAGUUGUCUCUGAAGAGUAUUUUGCAUAGUUGCUUUUUUCUUCUAAGAUAAUGUGAAGCGAAAGAUGACACUGUCCGUUCUUCUACUUUAGUUGGUUUUCCAAGGGAAAAGCCAAUACCUCAAGAUCUUAAAGCCCAACCAGUGAGAGCUUCUGAUUGGUUGGUUUUUAAAGUUACUGAAAUCAUGAGCCACCUUCUGAUUGGCUGGAACUGUUCCGAAAUGCAUGGCACGUAAGCUCCUGGGACCAAUCAAAUUCGCUCCCCCGAAAAUGAAAGGAAGUGGAGUUUUACUCCAUGUAUUUAUUGAUGUUCCCAUGCUCUUCUCCCCAAUUUAUCCUCCGUCACAGCCCUCCCUCCCCAAGGGAAGGGGACGAACAUCCUCCUCCUUCCCUCGCCAACAUCCAGCCCCAUCCCUGAGCUGGUCCCUCCCCACCUCACCGUGGGCCACGGCCAGGGCUGGGAGCAGAGUCAAUAUCUGGACAGGGUUGGACCUUCCCAGCCAUAUAGUUUGGUGGCAUCUCUUCAGCCUCCUCCUCUGUGCCAGGUCAGGUCUUCUCUGCUCAGAGGUGUCAAGGUCUUCCUGGAAACGUGGUCUUCGGAAGGGGACAGAUGCUCCAGAGCCAGUGCCCUGCUGCAGGAGCAGCAGCGGCUGUCGCAAGGGCAUUCAUCCCAGGGCAAACCAGACCCAGGGCUAAGUGGCCCAGCACAGCCUAAAAUAGGCUGCUUUUUGGAGAGGAACCUCACCCUGGUUUGCUGCUGCUGGAAGAACCUUCACAACCAACAUGGUGAAGCGGGAUCUGGCUUGGAUGCUGCCGGGGACGGUCCCCGUGGGACUCCCUUUCCGAAGGGCAAAAUCCUCCUGCGGCAGGAGCAGACCUCACGGCCCCAGGCUUUGCACGGGCAGGAGGGGAAAGGGGUUACAUAAAUCCCAGCCUCACACGGUGAAGCGGGAGCCUUCCUCCGGGCUGUCUGGUCCCCACGCUGGGGAAGCAUCCAGGAGGACGAGGAAGGCUCGGCGGGGGAAGUGGACCCCAGCCCAGUGGAGAAGCUGCCUGGCGAAGACAGCCGAAAGCAAGACCCCAGAGCCUUUCCGUCCAUGGGGGGAAGCCACCGCUCUGCAGCGUCACCGGCCAGGGACGCUUGCGGGAGCAGCCCAAAGUCCCGCUGGCCGGUUCCUCACCACCGAGCCCACAGCGCAGAGGACCCGCUGCAGGAUCUCGAGGGAAGCCACCACGUCCAGCCUCCGCGGCCCGGAGGGUGAGUGCACGGGUGCCGUUGUUGGAUGCCUGCUCUGCUGCGGCUCUUGGAAAGCACCUCCCACACUGGCAUCUCCAACCAGCCGCUGCGCGGGAAGCUCACGGGUAGCGUAGCCCCUUCACUGCAUCUCACCCCAACCCCUCUGCCAUGGACCAGCUGGAGAAAGAGCCCAGUGGCUCAUUUCCCCAGUCCCCCUCUUAUUUAUCUCCGUAACAUCACCCCCACCUGCAUCAACGCCUUCAUCUGCCCCAGGUGCUCCUCUCCUGCCUCUCCUCUCUUCCCCGGUCCGGCGGUUUGCGAAUUCUUUGGCCCGGGGAGCGGGCGUUCCUCCGAAGCAAGGCGACCCGCCGCGCGCUGGGUACCGCGGACGAGAGCCGCCCGGCCCCGUCUCUUCUGCUAGCUACGCUAAUAGGGAGGGGGAAAAAAAAGAAGUCAAAAAAAACCCAACCAACCACCUGUCUCAGCAAUGCACCCCGGUUUUUUGUACAUUGAUUGUGUAAUUUAAGAAGUAUAUAUAUAAUAUAUAUAUAUAUUGUGAUUGUAUUACCGUGGAUACAACAAAAACAGCAAGCGAAAAUAAGUGAGCUCUGUAAGCGUU